CCCAAUGAUAGUUAAGAGCCCUAAACAACCGUGCCAAUCAGCCCAGCAAACCUUAUUUCCGCAAUGUCUUUAGGUUAUAUUCCCGUUAUUCCCAAGGGAUCCACAGUGCUCGUCGUCGGAGCCAAUGGGUUCAUCGGGUCCAACAUAUCAGACCAGUUGCUCAGGAUUGGCUACAACGUGCGCGGGACUACACGCAAUGUUGAGAAGAGCAAAUGGGUCAGCGACCUUUUCAGUCGCAAAUAUGGCCCAGGAAAGUUCGAGCUCAUCGCUGUUCCAGACAUGGAGGAAGACGAGGCAUUCCAUGGAGCCGUGAAGGGGGUGUCUGCCGUCAUACACACCGCGACGAACUAUACCAUGGACCCAGACCCCAACGCAGUCAUCCCAGGAAGCAUCAAGGGCACCGUCAACGCCCUCACAGCCGCAGCGCAAGAACAGAGCGUGAAGCGGUUCGUGCUGACUUCCUCCUCGGCGUCGGCUCUGAUCCCCAAGCCGAAUAAUCCAGUGACGGUGACGACAGAGACCUGGAACGACGAGACUGUCGCCUACGCCACCCGCGGGCCACCUUACGAGCCCGAGCGCGCGUACCCCGUGUACGCUGCCGCCAAGACGUUGGCGGAAAGAGAGGCGUGGAAGUUUGUCCGCGAAAAGAAGCCAGGGUUCACGCUGAACGCGGUGUUGCCCAACAUCAACUUCGGGGCAAGCCUUGAUUAUGCCAACCAAGGUCACCCUUCUACCUCUGCUCUAGUAGUUGAGCUCUUCAAGGGCAACUGGCAGCCCCUGGCUGGCUUGCCAGUCCAGUACUUCGUGGACGUCCAAGAUACCGCAUUGCUGCAUGUGGCAGCGGCGAUUCUUCCAGAAGUCGAGAAUGAGCGUGUCUUCGCCUUCGCCGAGCCGGUUAAUGGGGACAAACUCCUUGCCAUCAUGCGAAAGCUGUACCCACAUCGCACAUUUCCGUCGGACUUCCAGGGCGAUGAGGACCUCAGCAAUAUCGUGCCUCGCAAACGAGCCGAAGACUUGCUGCGCGUCAUGGGAAAAGUUAGGGGAUGGACAAGUCUCGAGGAAAGUAUUAAAAGAAACAUAGAGGAUAUAGUUAAAUAGUUGUACCCUUAAAAGGUAUAAAGGUUAGUGGAGCGAGUCGUAACUUAAAGUUAGUAUAUUUAAUUAUUUAAAUAUUUAAACUUUAUUAA